AUGCUAAGGAACGCAAACGAAAAGGUAGUAUGUCAGCUGACGGUUACUAAACCGACGAUAGAAAAUGUCAUGGCUUAUACACAGUAUCGUCAAACACAACCCAGAAUGAAGGGCCUUCCCUUGUCGGAACAUAAUGACUUACCGAUACUUUACGGUGGUGGACGAGACUUUCUCCUAAGAGUUUUGCCCUCAAAUGGAGGCGACGUCCAAACUGAUAUGAUGGAAAGUACGGACCUGUUCGUUCUGAAUUCAUGCAUUAUAAUCUGGAUCAAUGCCAUUGACAAGGGUUUACAAAUUCCCUACCAAAAUAUUGUGUAUCAUGGAGUACGCAAGAUGGCAGACCGAAACCCUAGCGAAGAUGGCCACGCCUUGGAGAUAGUCAUCACGGUUUUAAGGGAUGUAACGCUUAAUCAACUUUUUCCACCUUCUCCUGAAAGCUCAACGCUCGAUAGCGGCACAUUGAGCGGAUGCUCAAUGAGCACGGUCGAACUGAUAUUGAAACCAAAAUAUGCUAACCACGAGAGACACUACAACCCACAAAUGGAAAAUCUAUUUACAUUUCGAGACUUUGGCCUGAACCGUGGGGAUACAAUGGUGAUGAACUGCAAUACGGCAAUUGCGACCUGCAUGGACUUCUUUUGCGUUCAAGAUGAAAGCGACGAGGAAGACGAGCAAGAACAAAGCAACACAGCAACCUUUACCGGGGUGAGUUCAGUGCUAAACGACCCGGCUGUAUAUCAAAACUACGGUGCAGCUGACGACCUUAAUGACGAUGACAUGGGAGGAUUUGAUGUGGACGAGCCAAAGGCAGGAAUGGCAUUAGAGUUCAGCGCUGGAAAUCAAUUGGCAGGACAAAAGCAAACAUUUCGUGGGAGCUCUGGUUUCAAUUCUUCGAAGAAAACCAGAUUCUAA